UGGGCCACUUUCUUCUGGCCACAAAGGGGCCGGAAUGGAGCGCUCUGCGGCAUACAAAUGGGCAGGUCACGUGGCUCCCGGCUCUUGGCUGGACCGGGAAGACCAUAUGGCGCAUGCCGGGGAGGAAGGAGAAGGGGCGGGGGUAGGGGUAGGGGGUGAGAGGAGCGGUUGCCGGAGGAGGGCGGGAGAAGAGCAAGGCUGGGGGGAAGCAGGGAGGAGGGGAGAGCGGGGAGCGUACAGCCUGGACGCGUGCGCAGGCGCCCGGCGCACAGACCUGCCAGCCGCUCAGCUCGCGGCCCCGCCCGCGCUCAGCAUCACUAACUCGGCUAUAUAACCUGAGCGCCCGCGCGGCCGGGACACGAGGAAUUCGCCCACGCGGAAGGCACGGCGUCCGGAGGCCCCAGGGUUAUGAGACCAUCACUGCUCAGGACUUGCUAACAACAAAGGAAACCGAAACAUGACCAAAUCGUACAGCGAGAGCGGGCUGAUGGGCGAGCCUCAGCCCCAAGGUCCUCCAAGCUGGACAGACGAGUGUCUCAGUUCUCAGGACGAGGAGCAUGAGGCAGACAAGAAGGAGGACGACCUCGAAGCCAUGAACGCAGAGGAGGACUUACUGAGGAAUGGGGGAGAGGAGGAGGACGAAGAUGAGGACCUGGAGGAGGAAGAAGAAGAGGAAGAGGAGGACGAUGAUCAAAAGCCCAAGAGACGCGGCCCCAAAAAGAAGAAGAUGACCAAGGCGCGCCUGGAGCGUUUUAAACUGAGGCGCAUGAAGGCUAACGCCCGGGAGCGGAACCGCAUGCACGGGCUCAACGCGGCCCUGGAUAACCUGCGCAAGGUGGUGCCCUGCUACUCGAAAACGCAGAAGCUGUCCAAAAUCGAGACGCUGCGCUUGGCCAAGAACUACAUCUGGGCUCUGUCCGAGAUCCUGCGCUCAGGCAAAAGCCCCGACCUAGUCUCCUUCGUUCAGACGCUUUGCAAGGGCUUAUCCCAACCCACCACCAACCUGGUUGCGGGCUGCUUGCAGCUCAAUCCUCGGACUUUCCUGCCUGAACAGAACCAGGACAUGCCCCCGCACCUGCCCACGGCCAGCGCUUCCUUCCCUGUGCAUCCCUACUCCUACCAGUCGCCUGGGCUGCCCAGCCCGCCCUACGGUACCAUGGACAGCUCCCACGUCUUCCACGUCAAGCCGCCGCCGCACGCCUACAGCGCGGCGCUGGAGCCCUUCUUUGAAAGCCCCCUGACUGACUGCACGAGUCCUUCCUUUGACGGACCCCUCAGCCCGCCGCUCAGCAUCAAUGGCAACUUCUCUUUCAAACACGAACCGUCCGCCGAGUUUGAGAAAAAUUAUGCCUUUACCAUGCACUAUCCUGCAGCGACCCUGGCAGGGGCCCAAAGCCACGGAUCAAUCUUCUCGGGCGCCGCUGCCCCUCGCUGCGAGAUCCCCAUAGACAAUAUUAUGUCUUUCGAUAGCCAUUCACAUCAUGAGCGAGUCAUGAGUGCCCAGCUCAAUGCCAUCUUUCACGAUUAGAGGCAUGUCAGUUUCACCAUUCCCGGGAAACGAACCCACUGUGCUUACAGUGACUGUGGUGUUUACAAAAGGCAGCCCUUUGGGUACUACUGCUGCAAAGUGCAAAUACUCCAAGCUUCAAGUGAUAUAUGUAUUUAUUGUUGUUACUGCCUUUGGAAGAAACGGGAUGAAAGUUCCUGUUCACCUUAUGUAUUAUUUUCUAUAGCUCUUCUAUUUAAACAAGAAAAUACAGUAAAGUUAAAAAAAAGCACCACGAAUUUGGUGUAGCUGUAUUCAGAUCGUAUUAAUUAUCUGAUCGGGAUAACAAAAUCACAAGCAAUAAUUAGGAUCUAUGCAAUUUUUAAACUAGUAAUGGGCCAAUUAAAAUAUAUAUAAAUAUAUAUUUUUCAACCAGCAUUUUACUACUUGUUACCUUUCCCAUGCUGAAUUAUUUUGUUGUGAUUUUGUACAGAAUUUUUAAUGACUUUUUAUAAUGUGGAUUUCCUAUUUUAAAACCAUGCAGCUUCAUCAAUUUUUAUACAUAUCAGAAAAGUAGAAUUAUAUCUAAUUUAUACAAAAUAAUUUAACUAAUUUAAACCAGCAGAAAAGUGCUUAGAAAGUUAUUGUGUUGCCUUAGCACUUCUUUCCUCUUUAAUUGUAAAAAAAAAAAAAAACAGAAAAGAAAAUUGCACAAUUUGAGCAAUUCAUUUCACUUUAAAAUCUUUCCCUCUCUCUAAAAUAAAAACCAGAUCCAUAACACUCAAGAAAAUUAAAAAAAUCAAGAGAUGCAUUCCCUAUCAAAACAUAUCAAUUCAUUACUUGCACAAGCUUGUAUAUACAUAUUAUAAAUAAAUGCCAACAUACCCUUCUUUAAAUCAAAAGCUGCUUGACUAUCACAUACAAUUUGCACUGUUUAUUUUUAGUCUUUUACUCCUUUGUAUUCCAUGAUUUUACAGAGAAUCUGAAGCUAUUGAUGUUUCCAGAAAAUAUGAAUGCAUGAUUUUUAUACAUAGUCACAUAAACGGUGGUUUGUCAUAUAUUCAUGUAAUAAAUCUGAGCCUAAAUCUAAUCAGGUUGUUAAUGUUGGGAUUUAUAUCUAUUGUAGUCAAUUAGUACAGUAGCUUAAAUAAAUUCAAACCAUUUAAUUCAUAAUUAGAACAAUAGCUAUUGCAUGUAAAAUGCAGUCCAGAAUAAGUGCUGUUUGAGAUGUGAUCCUGGUACCACUGGAAUCAAUCUGUACUGUAAUCUUGUUUGUAAUCCUGUAUAUUGUGGUGUAAUGCACAAUUUAGAAAACAUUCAUCCAGUUGCAAUAAAAUAGUAUUGAAA